AUGGAAAUUAUACAUCAAAUGCAAAAUCGAGUAAUAAGCAGUGCAGGAAACAUUAUAGAAAACGAGAAAGACUUCAGUGGUAUUGAGAGUAAAUUUUCUUUAAGAAUACCUGAAAAGCCUGAUGAAGACAUUUGUCACCUAGUUCCUGGACAGGAAAGAAGUGUAGCAGAUUGCAACUUCAAUCAUACCAGUAAAACUUUUGUGGUUAUACAUGGAUGGACGUUCACAAAUGCAUUUCAGGCGUGUUGCAACAUCACCAUGGAAAUUAUACAUCAAAUGCAAAAUCGAGUAAUAAGCAGUGCAGGAAACAUUAUUGAAAACGAGAAAGACUUCAGUGGUAUUGAGAGUAAAUUUUCUUUAAGAAUACCUGAAAAGCCUGAUGAAGACAUUUGUCACCUAGUUCCUGGACAGGAAAGAAGUGUAGCAGAUUGCAACUUCAAUCAUACCAGUAAAACUUUUGUGGUUAUACAUGGAUGGACGGUGACUGGCAUGUAUGAGAGCUGGGUUCCUAAGCUGGUGAGGGCACUGUACAACAGGGAACCUGAUUCUAAUGUCAUUGUGGUUAACUGGUUAGCUCGAGCCAGUUUGCAUUAUACAACGUCUGCAUACUUUACAAAGGAGGUGGGAGAAGAUCUUGCUGCAUUCGUUGAUUGGAUGGAGGAGCAGUUCAGUUAUUCUCUCAGCAAUGUCCAUUUGCUGGGAUACAGCCUCGGUGCCCAUGUUGCUGGCAUUGCUGGAAGCCUGACCAACAGAAAGAUUAAUAGAAUUACAGGGUUAGAUCCUGCUGGGCCCCUCUUUGAAUAUGCUGAGGCAUCCAGGCGCCUUUCUCCAGACGAUGCCGUCUUUGUAGACGUCUUGCAUACUUUCAUCAGAGGCUCCCCAGAUCGCAGCAUUGGCAUACAGCAGCCGGUGGGCCACAUUGAUAUCUAUCCCAACGGAGGUGGCUUCCAGCCAGGUUGCAAUUUAGCUGAAGCCCUGCGCCUGAUUGCCCAGAAAGGCUUCCAAGAAUCUGAUCAGCUGAUAAAAUGCUCUCAUGAACGCUCCAUCCACCUCUUCAUUGAUUCCCUCUUGUAUGAAGAAAAACCCAUCAUGGCGUAUCGAUGCAAUUCAAAAGAAACAUUUGAAAGAGGGCUUUGCUUGAGCUGCCGAAAGAAUCGUUGCAACAAUUUAGGGUAUGAAGUCAAAAGAGUGGGAAACAAGAGGAUCAGCAAAAUGUAUUUAAAGACCCGUGCAUAUGCGCCUUAUAAAGUCUUUCAUUUCCAGGUCAAGGUACAUUUUUUUGGAAAAUUGAACAUUACCAAGAGAAACGAGCCAUUUCUUAUUUCUUUUUAUGGCACCAAGAAGGAAAGUGAGGACAUACCGUUUGUAAUGCCUGAGAUCUCCACUAACAAAACAAGUUCCUUCCUGGUAUGUACCGAAGUUGAUAUUGGAGAACUGCUUAUAGUAAAACUUCAGUGGGAAAAAGAAUCUUUUUUCAGUUUUAGAUGGUGGGAUACCCCUGAAUUUAGCAUACGAGUAGUCAGAAUCAAAGCUGGAGAAACCCAGAAAAAGUUGAUGUUCUGCUCACAGAAUGGAUCUUCUUUCCUCCAAAAAGGGGGUGAAGCUGCAGAAUUUCUGAGAUGUAAUAAGAAAAAACAUAAUGACACAGAUUCGUGAGACCAGGCCAGGAUAAUGAAUG